GUUGUAGUCGUGUUGUGAAUCAUGCCCCCACCUAGUUGAUUAAUAAUUGUCUUGCCUGACGUUGAGCACCUCACCGAACAGGAAACGUGGGAGCUGAAAGACGAGCAGAGCAGGAGCAGCACCUGACGCGGCAGCUUUAACCUAACUAGUGUCUGCUGCCAAAAUGUUGUCUGAGGGAGGCUCUUUCAUGAAGGGGAUGCUCAUGGGAGGCCUCUUCUGCUUGGUGCUGUCACUCCUGGGUAGUUUCAGCCCCAGCACAGAGUCCAGGACAGAGGACCAACACCAUCAUCAUCACGUAAAGGCCCCAAGUAAAGACGAGUUGAAUCGCCUCUCUGACAGCCAGGUGCAGGAGUUGAGCAAUCAAGUCCGGGUUUAUUGCAUCAUCAUGGUACAGCCAAAGAUCCUUGUUUAUUGGGCUACAGCUAUGGACACCUGGAGCAAACACUGUGACAAGGCUGUGUUUUACACCUCAGAGUCCUCUAAGGCACUCGAGGCCAUAGACCUGAAAGAAAAAGAUGACUGGGCAAGGUUACGUAAAGCUCUGAAGCAUGCUUAUGAGAAUGCCGGCGACCUGCGCUGGUUCUUUGUGGCACAACCGACUACUUUUGCCAUCAUUGAGAACCUCAAAUACCUGGUGCUUGCAAAGGAUCCCAGUGAGCCCUUCUAUCUGGGCAAUGCUAUGAAGUCAGGGGAGCUUGAGUAUGUGGCGUAUGAUAGUGGCAUUGUUCUAAGCUAUGAAGCUCUGAAAAGGCUGGUUCACGUGUUCCAGGACGAAGACAAAUGUCCAGAGAGAGGACGAGCCCUGUGGAAGCUGAGUGAUGACAAGCAGCUGGCCGUGUGUCUCAAAUAUACAGGUGUGUUUGCAGAGAACGGAGAAGAUGCACACGGAAAGGGCCUGUUCAACAGCAAGAGUGUCGACAGCCUGAUAACAGACAGCAUGAAGGACAACCCCACCAAUGUGGUGGAGGGCUGCUGCUCCGACUUGGCAGUCACAUUCAGCGGGAUGUCACCAAAUCAAAUGCAGGUCAUGAUGUUUGGAGUUUACAGACUCCGACCUUACGGACACGAUUUUCAUGACUCGUUAACAUUUUACCCUCCUGAAGGAUCAGACAAUGACUAGAGACUUAUUCCUUCAAGCUGGAUGUUGCAUUUUAAUUAUUUUGCGUCAGUGAUGGCAAAACUCAGUUUUGGGAGAUGGGUUUUCUUAUGCUGUUUGUAAAACUUGAUCCUGGGUGGGAACAACACUUUUAUGUAUAUUUGUACCUUUUGCACUUGGCACAAUCAGCGCCACAUUUCUUUGUGGUGUAGGUACACAGCCAAUGGGAGUGCCGUCCUUUUGAAUGAAGAUAUGACUGGGAAAUAUAUCAAACCUGUGACAUAAGAUUACCUGGAAGUUUUGGUUAUUGUAAUAUUGUUAUGUAUCUUAAAUGUUUGUCUUUUUGUCGUCUUAAAGCUGCAUUAGUUAUUGAGUGAUACUGUUUUGAAAUUAUUUAACUGUUCAAAUUGCUCGGCCCUCUUCACCACAUUACGAAUUACUUUUUCUUUCCUCUGAGAAUUGAACCAAACAUGUUCUAACCCAGUUCUAAAUUAAGUGCAUUUCUUGUCAUGUAAUGCUUGUUUAUCUCUACAUAUUACAAAUUGGCCUUCACAGCUUAAUUAAUCAGUGAGUAAAGUAAAGUAUAUUUCUUCUGUCACACAAAAAAAAAAAAAAAAGGAC